AUGAAGCCCGAAGCCCUGCAGCGCACGUUAGACAACGUAACGAAGUCCGUGGAGAAAGAUGUAGCACUCGCACAGCCUGCCAUGGAAGAGGCCAAAGCGCGGAUCAGCUUCUUCUCACUACCUGCCGAGAUACGCGACCAGAUCUAUGCGCUGGUUCUGACCAGGCGCAGACGCGAGAAAUUCAACUUUUGGCGAGGUCGCUGUGAAAUUGCAAAGGCCCCCGUACGGCCUUUCUGUCUAUCUGGAAUCGGUCAUGGUCUGGCCCGGGCAUCACACCAAGUACGAACAGAAGCUCGCGCUGUAUACUACAGCCAAAACUCCUUCGAAAUUUGCGUCAACGAGGGGAUUUUGAAUAGUAACCUCCACUGGCUGAAGGUGGUCAUGGAACGGAUGAUCCUGCCGCACGGAAGACUCUUCAGGAGACUCUCGAUAUUCUUCCCCCGGGUCAACGCCAUCGACCCUAUCAACCACAUCUGGCUGAAUUACCAUGGCGAAUCGAGGCCGAGCCCGUUCGAUGCAUCCUGGGGUCCUGUUCCUCUGCUCACCCAAGAAAUGAUCCUUUCAGUGUGCAGCAUCCAGAGCGAUAAGCUCCCCCGAGCGGUCGUCACCGUCGCCUGUGAGCCUCACGGGAACGGUCGCGAGCAGAUUGCCGUCCUCGACAUGGCAAAGAUCAUAGCCGAAUAG